UUUCAUCUUGUAUUUGAUUUUUGGAGGGGGGAAGAUUGCGCAUGUCGUUGAGCCAUUGACCUUUCUUUUUUUCAUCAUGUCUGUACGCACAUCACGCCGUUCCACACUCUGGGCACGAGCAGGAGCUCUCGUUGCCUUUGCAACACUGUUGGGCAGUGCAUACUACUUUUGGUCGUCCCGAAGAGCAAAGCAGGCAGACACCGACUCGCAACCUCCGAACGGAGUCACCUCUGGCGAUUCCAGAGCGUCUUCACGUUCAGCGUCUCGACGAGGAUCAACGACGGUGGUCGAUGUCGCCAAGAGAAUCUUGAAAGGGAGACGAGUCAUGACCAUUUCUAUGAAAAACAUUGUUGUCUGGAACCCAUCACCAGAUCCAACAACCCCGAACCACGCUUUCCGCGAAUCCGCACUUCCAUUCCUCCAUUCCCUCGUCUCCAACCCUUCCAAUCAAGUCCAUCUCAUCAUGGUCGUCACGUCCGAUCAAGAAGAAGCUCAAGUGAGGACGUUACUCCAUUCCUCUGGAUUAUACACAGCAGGCCUCGAUGCCCGGCGUGUGGUCUUUUGUUCGACAGAAGAGGGAAAAGCUCACAUUGUGCGUCAUAUUGAGCCGCAUGUGCAUGUGGAUAGUUGUGAUGAUGUUAUAAAAAGGCUGGCGCCGUUUGUAGGUAGGAUUAUUCGGGUUCAGAGGAGAGUGCAGAGAAAGGGUAAUGGGGUGGCACCUGGCAUGAACGGAAGGGUGGCGAGUGCUCCUGGAGUCAUUGGAGGUAAUCACGGGAAUGGAUCACCGGGAUCUGGGAAAUCAAGCAGAAGGACGUCAUCAACUAGUGGUGGACUUGGAUUGAUACGGACACCGACGUUCAAUUCGCUGGACUGGAAGGAUGCCACAGCAUCUGAAGUGGGAAGUGAGACGGAGGAAGAUCACGAUCCUGAAGAAGGAUUGCAAGACUUGAAAAAACUUGGGAACGUUGAGUUUGUGGACUCUUUGGCACAGAGUGGGCUCUUGGAGCAGUAAUAGUGUGCCUCAAAAAUCAAGUACCUCUCUAUAUAAUGCAUGUAGCAAUAUCAUCCAACCCGUACAUUAUCAUAUAUACAUGAGAUCGCUCCGGCGCUCACACUAUAGAGUCUGACUUUUAAG